UUUUCCGAGGAUUCUUCUUGUUUGCUAGGCAAGAGAAGUCUUCUUGGGGUAACCGGAACCCGACCGGUUGGCGGCGAGGAGAACCACCUUUUUUUCCAACAAUAUUCUGUGCGUGUGUGCGGGUGCGCCACUUCCGCCACGCAUUGCCAGAAGUUUCGAGUUCGAUAGACAGUGCAUCGUUUCUUGGCACACCCACCGUUUUUCUUUUUCUGUACUACUCCGGAAGAAAAUUAGGUGAGCAGCGGGUUUUGAACCCGUGUCUUUUGCAACCCAGAGCAGACGCCUGAUAUCUCUUAUCGACGCCAUUGUGGAAAAGAAGGUUUCGUCCUCGAUAAACGUUGGGGAGUUUCAACCUUUAUGAAGGUGGUCUCCACAUAUGGCCAAUCCGAAAGAAUUAGCGUGUCGGAGGCCCUGCUGCUCUUCUGCUGCGUGGUGCCGUGGAGUGAUGUUGACGUUAUCGUGGAGGUGUUCCGGGAGUUCGGGCUGACGGUGUCGGAGAGGAAGACGGAGACCCUGGUGAUGCGGGUGAAGGAGAGACAGCGACCGCCGCCGCCGCCACCGCCGGUGCUGACCAUCGAAGCAGCGGGGCAAAGGUACGCACAGACGACCGAGUUCCGAUACCUGGGCGGCCUCGUCAACGAGCAGGGCGACCUUACCCGAGAGAUCAACCACAGGAGCAAAGCAGCGUGGGCGUGCAUUAAGCGAUACGCCACGGAGCUCUUCGACCGACCGGGAGCACCGUUUCGCCUCAAAGCCCGCCUGCUCCAGGCGGAGGCAGUGGAGGCACUGCUAUACGGCUGCAUGACAUGGUCCCCACGCCGCAACCACUACGGAAUGCUGCAGACGACACACCACCGGCU